AGUAAGCAGCAACAGAAAAAGCCGCGAACAUUUGUCUUUCCCCCUCUUUGUAGCUCACUGUUUGGGGUAUGUUCGACUCGAGGCUGCCACCAGCAGAUCGCUGAAUUCGUUCUUGCCACACACAUUUUUCUAGCAGAAAUUAAUGGCCAAAAAGAAAAACGAGUGCUUUUCAUGCACGUUAGUAGAAGAGUACGACACGAGCAACAAUGAGGAAGUAAAAGAUGAAAUUGACGUCGUCGUGAACACGUACGAUAACGUGCGCGUGUCGGGAAAGAGCUCGGCGCACUGCAAGGUGUACAUCCCUCUCGUUUCUGAAUCGUGCCCAACUCGGCGCGUUACGCUCGAGAUCCGCGUGGUUCCUGGAUACCCGUACGUGGCGCCAGCGAUUCGUCUUUCGUUUCCACUUGGAGUUCACCCCGGCGACGAGGGGACGCUGUCCGAGUACGAGGUGAAGCAAAUGGCAAAGGAAGUAUCAGACAACAUUCAGCUGUGCUUGCCCAUUGGUAUGCCGUGCAUGAUGCAGAUUGUCUCCACCGUGUCCGCCAUUGUAGAGAGCGGCAUCGACAAGCCGCAGCCGCAGCCUCAGCGCCUCAACGGAACGUCGCAAGGUGAGCAAAGCCUGAUCAGUUCGGGCCAGUCCCCGUCGCUCACGCCGGUGCCGCUCAAGGCCAGGGAGGCGCUGAAGCUGAGCAUGCUCACUUUCCACCUCAUGAAGAAGUGCUGCGACUUGAAGGACCCUGAGUCGAUGGAGGAGGCGAAGAGCAACUUCGACUUUCUCAUCAAGUACCUUUUGGAUACAGUGGCUGUCUUUCCUGAGGCUGCGAGGGCCUUCUUUCCGUGGAAUGGUUUGUCGUUUGCAAAGGCGUUCUCUUCUAACAUGGAUGGCAUCGUGUCACUGCCUCUCGACCAGCAAGAGGUGGCGAAGUGGUUUUGGGAGGACGAAGGUCGGAAUUUCCGCCCACAGCAAGGUUCUGAAGGCCGGUAUCGGAACGAGUUUAUUCAGCAGCGACUACUGGGUGCUGGCGGCUUUGCACCCGUUUACGUGUGCCGGAAGAAAAUUGACGGCCGACUGUACGCCAUCAAGAAGGUAGCCAUGACCGAAACGCAGUCAGAGAAAGUACUGCGCGAAGUCCAAACGCUGGCGUCGCUCAACCACAAGAACAUCGUCCGUUACUACGAUGCGUGGGUAGAGGAUGGGUGCGAUGAAGAGCUCCGCAACUUUGUCGACGAAGAAGCGGAAGAAGAAGAGACCGCCGAGGAGGGAGAAGUCGACGGCAGCGACAACGAAAAGCCCGGAAAUGCCACGUCACACCGCAUGCGGACGAUCAUCUGCGCCUCUUCCUCUGAUUCCGACUCGGUGAGUUCCCGCUCAUCGCGCACUUCCACGUCAUCGGAGGAGGAGAGCGCAUUUGAUACGAGCAGUGGCGACGAUGACGAUGACGACACCAACAGCACGUGCAGCAGCGCCACAGACAUCAACUCCGCAGCGCGGGCGCGCCGCCCGGACGCUAAAAAAAGAAAAUCAGCCACACAUUACCAGACGCUGUACAUCCAGAUGGAGCUGUGUUCCGCGCGCUCCUUGCGCCACCUCAUCGAAGAGAGCGACUCGUGCGGAUCGGGUGGGAUCUUCGCCUCCGCCAAUGGUGAGAAGGUAGCGGUCUCCAUCUUGCGGCAACUCCUCUCUGUCACGGCGCACACGCAUCGCGAGCGCGUCGUUCAUCGCGACUUGAAACCGGACAACGUUUUGUUUGAGAUGGGGUCGAGCCACAGCGGCGAUGAGGCGGGUACAAUCCGCGUAGCAGACUUUGGUCUUGCGCGGGUGAUGAGUGGGGUGAAGCGGGUGACGAGUGUGCUGGACGUGGAAGAGAUGAACAGUUUGACCGACGCCAUUGCUGCGAACCAGCCUACUGGCAACUGCGGCUCCGUGCUGUAUUGUGCCCCAGAGCAAGAGAAAGGUCUCGAGUACGACUUCAAGGUGGACGAGUUCAGCAUCGGCAUGAUCGCGUUGGAGAUGUGGCUCGCCAUUGCGGGCAAAGGAUUUCGUGAACGCUUCACCAUCAUGAACGAGGUGUGGCGUACGGGCAAACUGCCUAGUUGGUUCGUGUCGUGGAAUCCGAACAUGUCCAACAUCAUCGAACUGCUGCUGCAGCCGGACCCCCGACUGCGCAUGACGUGCGAGGCGGUCUUGAGCACGGCCGAGCUCCCUGGUGACCCCGUCGACAUCGUCAGCGCGCUAGAGACCGUCGAUCGCUAUGGAGAGCGCAUUGCUGGACGAAUGAUUCAAAAGAUUGUGCGUUCCGGGGCCGAAUUUCGGAAGCCGUCGAUAGUCGUGCGUGAUGACACGCGCUUCCUCGGCUCAACGACGUGCACCGAUUUAGUGCAGGCCGUGAACGUGGUCGGGAUGUUGCACGGCGCCGUUCCCGUGGCAGUCUUCGACCACAUCGUGCCCAUGAAUCCAAAGCUUGUGGACAUGAACGUGGAUUGUAUCGUGGAUAGCAGCGGCCGCAGUUUUGCCUAUGCAAAGCUUCCGCAUUUCGCCGUGGCGUCGUUUCUCGGGAUGCAGGAGAACGCAGCGAUUGGCUCCUUCUACCAGUUCUACCACCGCACCCAACCAUACGUAUCGUUCACCACCCCGUUACUGCGGCACGACGUGGUCAACGAGCUCACCUUUGAGCCGCUGCUCUCGCUCUGUCACCUGCUCUCCCUCAUGGACCUCGCAGAGCCGAUAGAAGUGAUUGUGUCACACGCACAGUGGCUGCAGACGGUGUUCCCGACUGAGGUCGGCACGCGGCCACCCCCGGCGAAGCUGAGCAAGUUGCAAAGCAGAAUACAAACCACAGAUCAAGUUGGACAGGCCAUCUCACACAUCACCGAAAAUCUCUUCACUGCUGGUCUGGUUGCAUCGGAUGAGCGGGAUGAAUUCAUUAGAAAGUACACCACUGCGCUGCUGGACAUCCUGAACCUGUUUGAGAUGCAUAUGAACGUGCACUUGCAGCUUUAUCUCGACCCUGCGUUGCACCCGAGCGACGCACUGGUGGCGCAGAAGGCGUUAGAGACCGGAAUCUUAUUUGAAUGCCGGUACGCACACGACGCAGUGCCGCUCGCCUUUGGUUGCGCCUUGGACAACUUUACAGCGAAGUGCGCCGUUGCCAAUCCAGACAUCUCGGCCUUUAACGUUGUGGUCCACGUUCGAAAUCUUCUGACGGUCAGCAAGCACGUCCAAAUGCCAUGGCGGGAAAAUUUGGUGCUGGAUGGCGUAGCGGCAAAGCGGCACGAUUUGUACGCGCAGACUCUCAUGCCGUACAUGAUCGAGGCAGCCAUGCAACUGUGGAAGGGGAACAUUCGAGCGUGCAUUCGAAGAGACACCGAUGCGCAUGCGCUGAUGCGCGCGCUAAAGCAGAAGCGAAUCCGCUGGUUACUCGUCGACGGCAAGCGUAUUGUGUCAGCGUCAACUAAUCAGCAGAGCAAAAGCACGGGACGAUCGGCGGACAUCGCGCUGGACGAGCUGCGCCAGGCGGUGCGCGACCUCUCCGCGAGCGAGAGGGCUGCUCCGCCUUCCGACACCAAGGUGAAAUUCCUCGUGAUGAAGGAAGACAGCUUCACGGAGAACAAAGCCGUCGCCGUGUACGAUGCCAUGACAACAUCACUUCCGAAGUGCGUUGUCAUCGUGGACGCCGGUAGCGAUACGAUUCAGCGCUGCAUCGAUCAGUUUAAUGAGUUCGCCAGCGACGCGUCAGCAGACACGUUUGCAGUCCCGGCGCUGGCUCAGUGGCUGAAAGCAAACGCCACGACGUCUCCCGUUGCGCCCAUCUUUUCUGUGCCCGACGGUAGAAUUGUGUACUUUAUCAACUACAAGCGCUUCAAGGUGUCCCUCGUGAACAAAAAAGACAAGCAGCGCAAAAAGAAGUAA